AUGGGACGACCCAGAUACUUCUUUAGUAUUGAGUUUGCAUAUGCCAAAGGAAAGAUGACCCUCUCACAGUGGAAGUAUGUGUUGGGCUUACUUGAGGAGACUGGUUUAUUGGGUUGUAAACCAGAGAGUAUACCUAUUGAGCAGUCACUACCCUUAUGGGAGACAUCUUCCCCAUCUCUCAAAGAUCUAGGUCAAUAUAGAAGUUUGAUUGGCAAGCUCGUUUAUCUAACAGUUGCUUCUCCUGAUAUAUCUUACGUCAUUGGACUCUUGAGUCAGUUUAUGCAUGAGCCACGAGAAGUUCAUUGGCAGGGUGCUCUGAGGGUGCUUACAUAUGUUAAAGGAGCUCCCGGUAAAGGUCUUCUCUAUAAGAAUUAUGGUCACUUGGACAUUGCAACCUAUUCUGACUCGGGUUAUGCUGGCGAUAGAGGAGACCGAAAGUGUACAUCGGGGUUUUGUACAUAUGUUGGUGGAAACUUUGUUACUUGGUGA